CAAUAUUAGCAUCACUUUUGUCUUCCAUUCGCUUGAAGCAAAGUUAUCUUUGUAGUAGCGAGAGUUCCUUAUAGUGAGGAAUUCGGUAUCUUACACUAAGAAUACAGCAUUGAUGAGAGAGGUGAAUGAAUUUUCCCGUUUGCCAAUUUUUGUUUGGAUUGAGAAACGAUAAACAACUGAUAAUUAUAUCUUGUCAUAUUUGUACAGAAUAAAAAUAGACAUUUAGCAUGUCCUCCUUUGGCACGUUAUUCAAAGUAACUACCUAUGGUGAAUCACACUGCAGAAGUGUUGGUUGCAUCGUGGAAGGAUGCCCUCCUGGCAUGAAUUUGACAGAAGAAGAUGUUCAAGUUCAACUUACUAGACGUCGCCCUGGUCAAUCGAAUUUGACCACACCCCGUAAUGAGAAAGACCGCGUUCACAUUCAGAGUGGAACCGAGUUUGGCGUUACUCUAGGAACUCCUGUUGGCAUGAUGGUGUUAAACCAGGAUCAAAAGCCCCAUGAUUACUCAGAUAUGGACAAUUAUCCUCGUCCUUCUCACGCUGACUAUACAUAUUUGGAGAAGUACGGUGUUAAGGCUUCUUCCGGAGGUGGCCGUUCCAGUGCUCGAGAGACCAUUGGCCGUGUUGCCGCUGGUGCUAUUGCUGAAAAGUAUUUACGUGAGGCUUUUGGUAUUGAAAUUGUUGCUUUCGUUUCAGCUGUUGGCAAAAUUGCCAUUCCCCUUCAUCAAACAAAGACCAGUUCCUCUGCAGCUGACGAUGAGACCGAUGACUAUGAUUCUCCUAUUACUCCCGAAUACUUGAAGUUUUUGGAUGAAAUUACUCGUGAGGAAGUCGACAAGACCAUGAUCCGUUGUCCUCACGCAGAGACUGCUAACAAGAUGUCGGAACGAAUUGCUCGUGCUCGUGAUAGCCACGAUUCCAUCGGCGGUACUGUUACCUGUGUCAUUCGCAAUGUCCCCACUGGUCUUGGUGAGCCUUGUUUCGACAAGAUUGAAGCCAAGCUUGCUCAUGCCAUGAUGAGUAUCCCUGCAACAAAAUCGUUUGAGAUUGGUUCUGGUCGUGAAGGUUGCAAGGUUCCUGGCUCUGCUCAUAAUGAUCCUUUUGUCCGUAACCCAGUUACUGGCAAGCUCGGCACCUCCUCCAACAACAGCGGUGGUAUUCAAGGAGGUAUUUCUAAUGGAGAAAACAUCUACUUCACAGUUGGUUUCAAAUCACCCGCCACCAUUGGCAAAGAACAACCCACUACUCGUUACGAUGGUUCGGACGGUGUUUUGGCUGCUAAGGGUCGUCAUGAUCCUUGUGUUGUUCCUCGUGCUAUCCCAAUUGUUGAAACAAUGGCCGCUUUGGUUGUCAUGGAUGCUGUAAUGAUUCAACAAAGCCGUAACGCUACUCGCAAUUUGUUGCCAAAUGCCAUGUAAGCAGUUUGUUUUUUUUUUUUAAAAAAUAAAGAAGAAAAAAGUCUUUAUGAGUUUUAGAUUAUUGGUUUUGGUUCAACUGUGGUAAUAUACCAAUCUUUUAUAUUUCAGCAAAGUUAAAAGAUAUACAUAAUGUUCAAUUUUUUAUACCUUCGACCCUUCUACUCAUUCAAAUCCGUGUGAAAAGCUUUUGUUUGUCUGGUCUAUCACCAGAAAAUACGUUCCUCGAUUAAAGACGGUUGUAUUUUGUUUCUUUUUUGGUCUUAAUAGAUUUCUUUUUUCCAAUUGUCUUCUAUGAGCCUGCUAGCAUAAUGAACUGAGCAGUAAUAAUCACGUACUAUAAAUAGCCAUAUCAACUGUAAA